UCCGAAUAUCUCCUCCUCCUCCAUCUGCUGAGAAGCACCGGACGGGUGCCCCAAACAACACUGAAUCCUCUCCGACAGCUUUUCUCCGUGCGAUACCCGAGAAGAGAGACGCCGGAGAUGGACGCCGGAGACAUGGACAUGGACGCGACGGAGACCACCGAGACAGAGCUGAACGACAUGAAGAAGCGGCUCAAGGAGAUGGAGGACGAGGCAGCUGCUCUCCGCGAGAUGCAGGCCAAGGUCGAGAGGGAGAUGGGCUCUGGACAAGAUGCUAAUGCUGUUGCAUCUCAAGCAAAUAGAGAAGAAGUAGACUCGCGAUCCAUCUUUGUUGGUAAUGUGGAUUAUGCUUGUACCCCGGAGGAAGUGCAGCAGCAUUUUCAAUCCUGUGGAACUGUAAACAGAGUCACGAUCCGUACUGACAAAUAUGGGCAGCCAAAGGGCUACGCCUAUGUUGAGUUCCUGGAGCCAGAGGCAGUCCAAGAAGCUCUUCUGCUUAAUGAAUCUGAACUCCAUGGUCGUCAAUUGAAGGUCACUGCUAAGCGAACCAACAUACCUGGGAUGAAGCAGUUCCGGCCUCGUCGACCUAAUCCUUACAUGUUCAGGGGCCCUUAUAUGCCCCCUUACUACUCUCCAUAUGGAUAUGGGAAAUUCCCGAGAUUUAGAAUGCCGAUGCGGUACAGUCCCUAUUACUGAUAUCAAAUUGUCUCGGGCUUGUAGAUGGUGGGAUGCUCUCUGGAGGAAUGCCCUGUUUUGGCCUGUAUCUUCUCGCGCGUGAUGAUGGGAUGAUGAUUCAGCGUGAAGAUUCCCGUGAUAUAUGUACGAGGAUGGGAUGAGUAUUUUAGUUUGUGAUGACGCCAUUUAAUUCGACUGAGAUGUUUGCGAACUGUUGGAUAUUACUUUUUAUGCACUGUUUGGUACUUAGUUUCCAUAAAACUCAGCAACCCUUUCUGGUUAAGGUAGGAACCUUUCGCUCGAAACUCAGUCUUGCCAUGAUUCGGUGAGAAUGACAGAGCAGAGUAUUCUUGAAUGUUGAUUGUUCAGUUUACGUCA